CAGUCUGCAGAGCGCUGUGUGAGCACAUUGCUUGGUCUCAUCCAGACCAAAGUAAAUUAUGUGGUCCAAGAGGCGAUUGUUGUCAUCAGGGACAUUUUUCGCAAAUACCCCAACAAGUAUGAAAGUAUCAUCGCCACUCUGUGUGAGAACUUAGACUCGCUGGAUGAGCCAGAUGCUCGAGCAGCAAUGAUUUGGAUUGUGGGAGAAUAUGCUGAAAGAAUUGACAAUGCAGAUGAGUUACUAGAGAGCUUUCUGGAGGGUUUUCAUGAUGAAAGCACCCAGGUGCAGCUCACUCUGCUUACUGCCAUCGUAAAGUUGUUUCUCAAGAAACCAUCAGAAACACAGGAGCUGGUACAACAGGUCUUGAGUUUGGCAACACAGGAUUCUGAUAAUCCUGACCUUCGAGGCCCGGGGCUGUAUUUAUUGGCGCCUUCUCUCAACGGAUCCUGUCAGUCACAGCCAAAGAAGUAGUCUUGUCUGAGAAGCCACUGAUCUCUGAAGAGACAGAUCUUAUUGAGCCAACUCUACUGGAUGAACUAAUCUGCCACAUUGGUUCUUUGGCCUCUGUGUACCAUAAACCUCCUAAUGCGUUUGUGGAAGGCAGUCAUGGAAUCCAUCGCAAACACUUGCCAAUACAUCAUGGGAGUGAAGGAAUAUAUGUACCUUGUUCACCUAUUCUGCCUUGUAUUUCAAGGUUCUGAUAAACAGUGUGACAGACAUCUCCUUAAAUGGUAUGUGUCACAAGAUGAGAGAAUUUACAUCUGCAGAGAAUAAAUGCCCUUUAUAGAGAUCUCAUGUACUUCUUACCAGAUGUAUAUGAAAUCGCUUCCCCUUUUGGCUUUAUUAAUUUGGGGCUUACUUAUAUUUGCCCCACCCUGUCUACAUACUUCUCAUCUUGGCUUCCUUGACACUUUUUUUCCCUAGGUUAUCUUCCUUAGCUUGUUUUUCUCUCUUUAAUCUUUGCAAUUCUGUGUUCAUUCCCUUCUUGAUUAUUAAUCUUGUUUGUAUCACAAGGUUCAUUCUGAACCUUCUCUUUCUGUGUUUGUCUUUGUAUUCUCUUGGCAGAAUUCAUCUGCUAAAAACAGCAAUACCAGAUAGAAGGUUUUACAGUUUACACCAUGUUUUCAUUUGAUCCUCUAAAGUAAAACCGUGUUUUGGUAACAUUUUUAUCAUAUUAUUGGUGAGCAAACUGUCUCAGAGUUGUUGUCACUUGCCCAAGAUCAUGCAAGUCGUAGUUGUUGGAGUACCACUUGGUCUUGGUACUCUUAUUCUAGACCCCCUACUCUUGUCACCACAUCACAUCUGCUGAUUUCACCUGAGAUGUGUAUAUGAAUUUCUUCCAAGUUUACCUCUCUGCCAGUCCCUUGUCUGUAACUCACUGUUGGACUUCUUUUUUUUUACUUGAAACUUCACAGUUGAAAAUACUGUACUGUUUUUCCCAUUAUCCUUCCAGAUUCCUCUGUGAUUAUAAGGAGCAUCACUAGUGUUGUGCUGCUUAGUUUUUGUUUGUGUAUUCUCUGAGUUUGAGUCUUCAUUGUUUGUCUUCUGUCUUCAAGUGUUGUCAAAACCUAUCUAGGCUUUUUGGGUUUUGUAUUUUAAAAAACAUUUGUUUAUUUACGGACUUUUUUUUCUUCUACAUUUUUUCUUUUAUUAAGGUAUUAUUGAUAUGCAUACACUCUUAUGAAGGUUUCACAUGAAAAAUACAAUGUGGUUACUACAGUUACCCAUGUUAUCAAGUCCCCACUCAUACCUCAUUGCAGUAACUGUCCAUCAGUGUAUAAGAUGUCACAGAUUCACUAUUUGCCUUCUCUGUGCUACAUUGUCUUCCCCAUGACCCCUCACACCAUGUGUACUAAACAUAAUACCCCUCAAUCCCCUUCUCCCUCCCUCCCUCCCUCCCUCCCCAUCUGCCCUCCCACACCCCUCCCCUUUGGUAACCGCUAGUCCCUUGGAGUCUGUGAGUCUGCUGCUGUUUUGUUCCUUCAGUUUUACUUCAUUGUUAUAUUCUACAAAUGAGGGAAAUCAUUUGGCACUUGUCUUUCUCUGCCUGGCUUAUUUCACUGAGCAUAAUAUCCUCCAGCUCCAUCCAUGUUGUUUCAAAUGGUAAGAUUUGUUUCUUUCUUAUCACUGAAUAGUAUUCCAUUGUGUAUAUGUAACAUGUCUAAUUUAUCCAUUCAUCUACUGAUGGACACUUAGGUUGCUUCCAUUUCUUGGCUGUUGUAAAUAGUGCUGCAAUAAACAUAGGGGUGCAUAUGUGUUUUUAAACCUGAGAACUUGUAUUCUUUGAGUAAAUUGCAAGGAGUGGGAUUCCCGGGUCAAAUAGUAUUUAUAUUUAGUUUUUUGAGGAACCUCCAUACUGCUUUCCACAGUGGUUGAACGAAUUUGCAUUCCCACCAGCAAUGUGGGAGGGUUCCCCUUUCUUCACAUCCUCACCAGC